UGCAUCUUGCAUCAAAACUUCUCGAGUCAUGUAGUCACUAGAUGACGUUGCUAGUUUUACCGGUAGCUUAAAAAUCGGUUAAUCAGUAGUCUUGACCGUGAAAUAUCGCCGUCAAUAAUCGAGGUUAUAUUUUGUACGAAAUGUGCAAUAAGGAUGUAAUUUCUGAACUAAAAUACGUGCAAAAACAAUUUCUAUGCGCCGUCCCAAUUCCAAAAAUUAAUUGGAAGAACAUAUUUGACGUUUUUAACUGUGAAUUACAAGAGAAUUUGGUUUCACGCACUGUAAAUUUAAGCCUAGUAUUGGAAUAUCCCAUUCAAAUUAGUUACCAAAAGUCUUUCCUGAAACAUUUGAUAAACAGAUUGGAAAGGAAGGGUUUGACGCCUAGUGAUUGUCUGUAUGACGCUUUCGGUCGUGUGGUGGCGCUGGGCGACGCCGGUCCGUAUUUUAGACAUUACUUUUUGGAAAAUGGCAAAAUAAUAAGUCUGAAGGAAAAUUCGAGCUUCAUUUCGGAGGGCACGACCGGUCUGUGCAGCUGGCAGGCCUCGCUAGCUUUGUCAGAGUGGUGUUUGGGUAAUGAGGAAUUUCUGAAGGGUCAAGCUGUCGUGGAGCUCGGGUCUGGUGUGGGUUUGACGGGUCUGACCGUCGCUUUGUGCCAAGCGAAGCAGGUUUUUUUAACAGACGGCCAUCCUUCCGUCUUAAAGGUGCUGGAGGACAAUGUUCGGUUAAACUCUGGGUUGAUUCCCACCGACACUGAUGUACAGGUCCUUAGUCUACCAUGGGAAAAUAUUGAUACCAACCGUAAUCUUCCAAGUGUCGAUAUUUUACUGGCAGCUGAUGUUGUUUACGAUUCAAGUGUAUUCCCCUGCUUACUGAACGCUAUUUUGCAUUUCUUUAAAUUCGGCACCAAAACACUUGUCAUCGCAUGUACAGAACGUAACCCUACCACACUGAAGCAGUUUUUACUGUUACUAGAAAGUAACCAUAUUAUCUAUGAGGAACUGAAAAAUUACUCUCAACAUAAUUUUCUUUGGUCAACAGAAUCUCCAAUAAAAAUUUUUUUGUGCUCAUUAAGUUCAAUGAAUGGAAAUCGGAAUUUGAAGAAAAUGUGAGGAAAAGUAAAUAUUAGGAAAAUAGAAGAUGUAGUGAUUCAUCCAAGUAAAGUAAGAUAGUUAGUUAUUGGGCACCGGAGGAGACACAGACAUUUCAAAGCCGUCUGGCACACAUUUUCAAGCUGUUGCUAUUUAAUGAAAGAAGAAUCAAAUCCUUUCGGAAAUUUUACACAGUAUUGUUAAUAACCACAAAGAGGUAGCAUGGGCGUGACGAACUUGUUUUUAUACAUUCAGUUCUUGACAAGGUUCUUGAUAUGUUCACAUUCACGUGUCAUUUUCCCUUUGCUAGUACCCUCUUCCUACAUGCCGUUUUCGAGAUAUUCGCAACUAAAGUGUAUACAUCACCAAUAAAUAUCUUUCGUCCAGGCGUUGUAUUUUCCUGUCGCAAGUCUUUACACUCAUC